AAUAUUGUAAAUAUUUUACACUAUUUUAAAAACGAAUUAAGUACUAAUGAUAAUAAAAAUAUCGAAGUUCAAUUUUAAAAGAAAGUUAAGUGAGUCGUCCCGUCGAAUCGUUUCGAAAGAAAGAAAAUGGCUGCCGAUGUGUUCUGUGCGGCAACUACCACUCCUUCCCGUGAUAACUUUCAAUAAAUUAUUCUGUAAAAUAGCCCCAAUAUUUUAUAUUUUCGAAUAUGAAUUAUUGCUUGUGUAUUAGUUAUCUUCAAGGAGAGAGUUAAUUUGUCAUAUUAAAAAUUCAAUACCCACAAGUUAUGAAAACGACAUGGCGGACUGAUAAUCAACCAAUGGGAAGCCAGCAUCAAGCGUUUCAGAAUUGCAUGUACUCGCAUUUCGCGUCAUUACGUUUUCGGUGCCUUCUUUCUCCUAUAAAAUUUGUAGGUAAUCUUUUGAUAUCAGUGAGUUGAUUGACUUCUCAGUUAAUUGCUAAAAAGACAGUGUGAAUAUUGUGUUUAAAAUUGUUAUGAGACGUUCUUUUGAUGUGAAGCAUCCCGACGGCUGGGAUCAUGACUGCGUUGGAUUUAGGAUGAACUGAAAUGCAAUACCAUCUUUUUGUUUUUGUAAACAAGACUAUGUUUUUACGAUACACGUGCGAGACUGUAUACAAUUGACAGUUGUUGUUUUCAAUGAUGUCGGGAAGGGGGGCAAAGAAACGCGGAAGGCCCCCAAAAUCAGGGAGUUUCGAGAAAAGUAGGAAAUUCCAGUAUCAUUUGUUGAAAAAACCAAAAUAUUUACUAAAUCAACAAAAUGCAGGAUCUACUUCUUUGGUUAGUACUCCAUCAGCAUCAAGAGCAUCAUCACCACAAGGAAGUGAUAUAAGUAGACGAAGUACACGAAAACAACGAGGAGGCAAAACACACAAAAAUAAAAGAGGUGGAAUAUCGGGCUCAUAUUCCCGGAGAGGAUAUAAUCCGCACGCAGCGGAUUACCACGAAUCAGAAUAUCAUUAUGGAUCUGAUUUUGGUGAUGAAUAUAGUGAUAGAUCGGAACCUGAAGAAGAUCGCGGCUCUGAAAGUUCUGAUGGCACUGUCGGAGAUGGUGCCGCGAGCGACAGUGAUUUUUCUGUCAGCAGUUACAGCACUACUAGUGGUACUCCUCGUAAGGUGAAUAAUUUACUCAGACCACCUAGUCCAGAUCCUCUGUGGCUUCAACAAGAACGACAAAUCCCAUCCUUAGAGCUUCCUUCAUCCUCAGAUGAUCUGCUAAUUCCACAGAAUUUAAUAUUACAAGUAGUUGGUGUUUAUGAAGUGUUGAGACACUUCAGACAUCUUGUACGAUUAUCACCAUUUCGCAUAGAAGAUUUAUGUGCAGCUAUAAGUUGUGAGGAGCAGAGCAAUCUACUUGUUGAAGUGCAUAUGAUGCUACUGAAAGCUUUAUUAAGAGAAGAAGAUGCUCAACAAACACAUUUCGGUCCUCUGGACCAUAAAGACAGUGUUAAUAUUACUUUGUUUUUACUAGAUGUCAUGACAUGGCCUGAAGUCCUUAGAAUUUACAUAGAAAGUGAUAAAUCAUUCGAUCAGAAUGUUGUAAGAAUUUUAAAUGCGUGUGAAUAUCCAUUUACAACAGUGGAUGAACGGCUGGCUGUUCUUCAAUUCUUAUGCAAUCAAUUUUUAAUAACAAAUCCAGUUCGUGAUGAUCUACUCAGUGAAGUUCCUAUUCAUUACGAUGAUCAUUGCCGUGUAUGUCAUCGCCUGGGUGAUCUUCUAUGUUGUGAAACAUGUCCAGCCGUAUUUCACUUGGAGUGUGUAGAUCCUCCUCUGGGUGAUGUGCCAUCUGAAGACUGGCAAUGUGCUCUAUGUAAACAACACAAAACAAUGGGUGUGACAGACUGCCUCCCAGAUGCUGAAAAACAAGGACUAAUGUGCAGACAUGAGCAUUUGGGCUUUGACAGGCAUGGAAGAAAAUAUUGGUUUAUAGCUCGACGAAUUUUUGUGGAAGCUGAAAAUGGUGAUGUCUGGUAUUAUUCAUCGCCUCAGCAAUUUGAGGAACUGUUAAAUGUUUUAGACUCUGAUGAAAUGGAAGCUCCAUUAGUUAGAGAGCUGUUAGAAAUGAAACAGGAAAUUUUGAGACAAAUGGAUAUUACAGAGCGUCUUACUAAUCAAGUAAAAGGAAACCGGAAGUCAUAUUUAGAGAUUGAAAAUGCAAAUAUAGUCAAACAGCGAAAAUUAAAAGAAGAACAGAAACGACAAGAUCGUAAUCCUGAAUUGAAAUUAGAUGAUGAAAAGAUGGACAAUGUAUCAUCUUUAGUCGGUGAUGGCGAUGUUGUGAAUGAAGUUACUGUCGUCAGUGAAGACACAACACAUGAAGAUAAUGACAAUGAAUCUACGGAAGAUGAUGAAAAUAAAAAAAUUAAAACUAAUAAAGUUAAACUACCACUUCAAAAGAAGCAUGAAGAAGUGACAGAAAGAUUAACAAGAUUAAAAUCAAACCAGAUCUCCAAUGGAACUUACUUGUUUAAAUUAGGAAACGAAAAUAGUUUUAAAAAUUAUAUAAACCAGUACUCUGCAAAUCCUUUGGCAUUAAACAAACCACAGAGAAAUGAAGAGAGGGAUAAGAAACGUUAUAUGUCCCAUAAGUUUUCUUUGUCUUCCGCACAAGAAUUUAAGUGGGUUGGCUUGCUCAAUGCUACAAAACCAUUACUGGAGGCUACACUUAGACAAACCUUAUUACAAUUAGAAUCAAACAUAGUAUUACAAUUUAUGCACCCAAACUGGUCCCUUUUGAGAAAGCCAUGGGUACAAGCAGUACAACUUUGUCAAGCUCCACGGGACUUCGCUAGAGCACUUUGUGUGCUUCAGGCAUGCAUUAAAAGUGUAGUUUGGGUACCAGCAUGGCAUGAACAACUAGGUCACGUAAGGUUAAUACGUACCACUGCCACAGAGAGAGAGGAACGCAAAAAAUUAGACAAAAGAGAAAAAAAAGAAAGAGACGAAGAAGAAGAGCGAUACCGGACUGCCUACAAUUUUGUAAAAUAUUCUCUGGGAUUGCGUCAUCAGGUAUGGAAACAAAAAGGAGAAGAGUACAGAAUUCAUGGACAAUGGGGAUGGUUAUGGAAUUCAUCCACCAGAAAAUAUAAAAAACAUGUCACUGCAAAAGCUUGUCUUUUGAAUGGUCCGGCCAAGAUAGCUGUGCGAGUUAGAGAGGGCAGUAUUAUUAAAGUUUUAGCCGUCGAACCAAAAACAUAUGAUUAUCUCAUAUCUAAGGAAGGUGAAAAUAAGGAUGUUAUGGAAAAAUUGCCGCCGUCAAUGCGCAAUUUAAAAGUUGAUAAAGAUGAAGAUGGUUUUGAAGAAAUAGAUGUUGAAAAAGCACUAAGUUCAUCAACUCGCAGGUAUUACCCAAAAAUUGCACGAAAAUCUAAAUUAGAUGAAUUUUUGGCUCGUCGAACAUAUUUAAAAUUUAUGGAAGAGAAGAAAUUGGCUAACUUAUUAGCCAACGUAAAAAAGGAAGAUCCGGAAGUCAAAAGUGAGGAUGACAAAAACAUUGAUGUAGAAAAUGAUGAUCCAGAACCUGAUAUGUCAACCAUUUGCGGUACAGUCGGUGGAAACAAUAAGAAAGAUGGAAGCAAUAAAGAAAAUGUGGAUGCACUCAGAGAUGAAUAUCAAAAAAUUUCACAACUUACAAAAAGAUAUCAGUGUUAUUCUCAUUUUUGUGUCAAAUUUGAUUCGUCAACUAUUUUACAAAACUCUGGAGUUAAAACUAAUUGUUAUUCACCCCUUUGCAUUAAAAAGGCGAAGCUUUUGGGUAAACUAGUAUCUCUAUUAAAAGGUGGAGCAGUAAAUUCAAACAACUUACUUGGUAACUCUAAGGAUAAUACAAAAAUGUCCAUAUUGGAACAAUGUCUACUAGGUAAAAGUUCAUCCUGUACAAACUCGAAUGAAAAUAUAUUAACUGAUUUACUGUCAGCUGUGGCAUGCGCUCAAGAGUGCGAUAAUAAGAGCAGUGAUUCUUAUGUUAAAAGGAAAUUCAGUGGAGACACCAAUGAUGGUAUUAAUUAUAAGGUGGAGAAGAAUGACAUUGAUGAAAACACGUGCGUAGUUAAGUCAGAAAGUACACUGGAUGAAGCUGCCGUGCCAGCUGUUGGAAAUGAAAUGGACAUAGACAUAACAUGCAACAAUAAUGAAGAUUGUGACGUAGAAAUAGGUCCCCUUAAAGAGCUAACUGACUGUGAAACAACCGAACAAGAUAAUACAAACACAGCUAAUGACGAUAAAGAAAGACCGCCUAUCCCAAAAUUGAAAAUAACGAGAGGGAGGGCAUCUAAAGCUUCUAGUAAUACUCAAAAUGUUGGCAAUAACCAUGAAGGCAAGGACUCUUCUUAUAAAUGUUCUGUGACCUCUACUAAAACAAAUGACAAAGUAAAGUAUCGUGCCGUUGUUAAUAGACGAUUUGGUUCUACAAAGACUUAUAAAAGAGAAGAUAAAACCAUAAAAGAAGAAAAAACAGAAGGCAAUUUGGUUAGAGUUUAUUCAACAGAGAUUCCAUCUGGGAAAGUGUAUUUAAAACGAGUGCAAACAUCAGCUGUUGAAAAGAAAAAGAAGCGUACUCCUGUGAAGUAUCCUCUUUGUUCAACAUUCCACACAAGGAGUAAAGCUAAAACAAUAAUGGUCUUGCCUCAUCACGAACUGCGAAAGCUCUGCAGACAAGCUGGGCACAAUGCUGUAGCUGGUUUUAGCCAUAAUGCUAAACCUAAUCAAGCUGUUUGGCCAUAUCCAUGUCCUCGACCAUUAUUUAAAACGUGUUGGUUAUAUCGCACUGUUAAUCUUCAGUGGCUAGCGAGUGCAGCUUUACAACUUCGCAUUAUGUGGGCUUGCUUACGUUGGGAUGAUAUGGCAGCCAAACCUGCAUCUGCGGACGGCAAACAUCAGCUAACGACUGACACAGAAAUAGUUUCUCUUGAAUUACUAAAACAUCGACAUAUAGGUCAGUUUUCGGAACGGACUCAGUACCUUCGCCGACGAGUUGUAAUACCACUAGAAUUACCGAAAACAGUUCGUGAAGUCACAUCUAUUCGCAGUGGCUUAAGGAAAAGAAAACGUGCUGAGUCUCCACAAAACACUGAACCUCAGGUCUCUGAAGAAUGGGUGGACGAAGAUAAAUUGGAACUUUGGGAGGUUCGUCAAUACGGAGAGCGUACUGAGCGUGCGACCCCUGUGACGCGCACGUCUACGGGCAAGCUGCCGCAACGCAACGUAGCGCCGCCCGCCAACGCCGCUGACCUUAAAGACAAGAUGGAGCAACAAUUACGUGAACAGAGAGCAGCUCAUCAACAGAAGAGAGCUCUAGAAAUGUCUCAGGAAAAAUCGAAAUCAACUCCAGGUCAGAAUUCCAGUAAAAGCACUCUUACAUCUUUACUUACUACCAAUGCCACCACACCUACAGGACAAAAGACCGUUAUUGGAACUAGAAGAAUUAUCAUGACAAAAGGAGCUGAUGGUUCAACACGUGUCAUCAGUCAACCCAUAGCUGGUUCAACUAAAUCAGCGCAAAGUGAUGGAGGUACCGCAAAGUCGACUGCAACACCACAAAAAGACGGGCCACAAAAAGUGCAAAUUAUUCGAGCACCCGAUGGGAAAAUAACAGUUCGGGGCUUGCUAGCAGGACAACAACUUAUACAAAUGCCGGACGGAAAGUUACACGUCGUGAUGGCUGGUCAACAGGGAAUUACGGGGCAGUUAGUAGCAGCUUCACCGAUGACUAAACCGGCGGAAAGUUCUAAUGCCGAUAGAGAAAAUAUCCAAGCAAAAACAGCCGCCGAGGAACAGAGGCAAACCGUCCGCGCCGCCGCAUCCAGUACGCAGCAAGUCGUAGUGCAAGCUAACCGACAGAUCGUCGUACAGCCCACCCAGCAGGUGGUAGUGCAGCCCGCCGCGCAGGUGGUGGUGCAGCCCGCGCCGCAGGUGGUGGUGCAGGCGGGCGCGCGCGCGCUGCCGCCGCGCCUGCAGCCCGCGCAGGCCGUGCUGCUGCAGGGCCAGCUCGUGCCGCGCGCCGCCGCGCCGCGCACGCCCGCCGUGGCGCCGCGCCCCCGCCCUGCCGCCGCGCAGCAGAUCGUCGUUAAUAACCCAGUAUUGGUGCAGCAAAUUGCUGCCGGAAAAAUUCAAUUGGCGACCGUUAACGGUCAGCAAGUUCUCAUUCGGCCGACUGGAAACAAUCAAGCGCAGAUAGUCGCGCAUAUAGGUCAAAGUCCGGCAGGCGUAAGCGCUGCGCCGGUGUCCUCCCCGGCUCCCGUGAUUCGACCGGCGCAACCUGCCUUGGCACCGCAGCCCGCUCCUCAGCCUAUCCAGCCCCUACCGCAACCGCAACAACAACUUACCGAAGAUGAAAUUGUGGAAAAACGGCUGCUGGUUGGCCAACCUCCUGGCACUGUUAUAAAAACUGUAACAGCACAGGUCAUGCAGACGAGCAGCGGGCCAAGUAUAGUUCUCCAGGGGUUGCAUGGAUACUCUUUGACACCGCAACAGCUAGCUUUAGUACAACAUCAAGUGAAACAACAGUUACUAAAAGCUCAAGAAUCUACAGGCAAACAGGGUAUGCUGGGUCCCAGGAAGAUGUACCUGGCCGUGCAACCGGCGCCCACCGCGCCGCCGCCGCUCACUCCGGUAGCGCCGCAAGCUCUGCACGCUAUACAGUCGCUACAGCCACUGGCGGUGCCAACGCAUCAGGAUGCUAGUGAGGAAGACCAAAUAAAAAGACAAACGCUUUUGAACGGUGAAGAAAAUGUAGCUGAAGCGGCGAGUCAUAAAGAGGCAACACCUUCAAAACUUGAAGAUAUCAAAGAAAAUAACACGAAAACUGAUAUUAUAAAUUCAGCGACAGAUGUUCUACAAAGUAAUAAAUUCGUGUUAACCCCUGACUAUAUCCAGCAAACUAUUAAAAGUGCACUGAAACAAGAAAACCUUAACCCUGAAAUAGAAGAAAAACUAUUACAACUUCAACGCUAUCAAGAAAAACGUAUGAAACCUGAAGUUCCGCCUGAGAGAGAGACUCGAGCAAUAGCAGUGGUGCCUAGGUCACCCACACCGCCAGCACGACGUCGGCCCACAUCCUCGCGACAUGAUGACGACGACGACGAGUGGGUAGACAGCAGUCCCCGCAAGCGGUCACGUGGAGGCAGGCCUGUAUCACCCCCUCCGCCUGCGCCCCCGCCGCGCGUCGUGCCGCGCACCCCCGUUGCAGCGCCUGCGCCUCCUGCAACUGCGCCGACACCGCAACCCGUGCACACGCAUCCCUCACCCAUCGACGAACGCCGACGAGCCGCAUCUAAUAAUUCUCGCCUGCAGAUGCUACUAUUCAAGCAUAAGGAAAUGCUUAAGAAAGAUAUCAUUAAAAAACGAGGCCUGCUUGAGAAAGAGCUUGGUGUUGAAAUUCAGAAAGAGCUGUCGGCAGAACUAGCACUUCGUACGAGAGCAGAACGAAGUAAGCAGGAGGAAGUUAGAGGUGGCAAACGUCGGGGCGCGAGCGCACCUACUACUCCUAAACCCAACAAAAGAUCUGUAAAAAAAGAGAAAUUAUUAUGUAUAUGCCGGACGCCUUACGAUAAUACCAAAUUCUAUGUUGGUUGUGAGCACUGCAGCAACUGGUUCCACGGUGACUGUGUAGGAGUUACGGAAGAAAUGAGUAAAACCAUGGAAGAAUAUGUUUGUCCUGAUUGUCGACGCGCUGAGGAAACACAAGAACUUUAUUGUCUCUGUCGGCAGCCAUAUGACAAUUCACAGUUUUACAUAUGUUGUGAUCGCUGUCAAGAUUGGUUCCAUGGCCGUUGUGUUGGAAUUUUACAAUCUGAAGCAGAUAACAUUGAUGAGUACAUUUGUCCAAAUUGUCAAAAAAAUAAUUCUGUCAAUUACGCAAAUAUGAAAGAACUAACUCUUAAGGAUUUUGAAAAUUUAAAGAGACUUGUUAAACAAAUACAACUCCAUAAAAAUGCUUGGCCUUUUAUGGAGCCUGUAGACCCCAGAGAAGCACCCACCUACUACAAAGUUAUCAAAGAACCAAUGGACUUGCAGACUGUGGAAAGAAAAGUGAAUGAACAAACGUAUAGUACUUUAAGUGAAUUUAUUGGUGAUAUGACGAAAAUAUUUGAUAACUGUCGAUAUUUUAAUCCAAAGGACUCUGAAUUUUAUCGAUGUGCUGAAGGCCUGGAAGCCUUUUUUGCACAAAAAAUUAAAUACUUUCGUGAAAAGUUAUUUGAAACAACUCAAUGAUAAAAGUGCUAGUGUACAGUGUCUAAAGUAUGAAAUGUGAUGAAUUCGGUCUAUAAAACACACCAAUCGCUAUAUUCACUAUUUUGUUUUAUGAUCUGCCUGUAAAUUGUAAACUAUGUGAUGAAAAUUGCAAAGAAUAAUUUAUAUUAAAUUUGAAGCUGAAGGUAUCUAAUAGAGUUUGUCAGUUUUGGUUCUUUGUAAGUAUUUAUUGUAUUUAUUACACACUUCAAUAUAAUCCCAGAUUAAAGCUGACACUCGUUAGAUAAAUAGGCUUUUGACGGGAAAUAUAUUAUGUAUACAUUUUUGUGAAAUAUUAUGUUAGCUAAUGUAAAUUAGCGACUUUAGUUACGUUAGUUGUAUUUUAGAAUAAGACAAACAUAUUGUAUGUAAGUAAUAAAUUUUUAACAACGUC